UCCAUGAAGACCAUUCUUCUGGACGGCAGCUGGUACGACUUCCUGAGUGGUCAGGCGCUGUUCCUUCGUGACCGGUGUCCCGUGGACAAGUGCCGCGUCUUCAUGGGGAGCGCCAACGGAGGCGUAGCCGCGAUGGCGGACGCCAUCAUAUUCAAGGACGGCUACAGCUUGACACCGCAGACGAGCAAAGGGAACCAGCGGUGGAUAGUGUACCUGCUCGAGAACCCCUUGCACUCGGCCGUCUCGCAGGAAUCGAGCGGCAUCGACUGGACGGCCACCUACAGGAAGGACUCGGAUAUUGUGACGCCGUACGAAAAGUUCGUGCUCUUCGACCCGCUGGUGAAGACGAUAAAGCGCGACUACGACUACGCCCAGAACAAAACCAAGAUGGUCGCCUGGUUCGUCUCCAACUGCGCGGCCGCCAACGGGCGCCUCGAGUACGCGCACAAACUAAGCAAUUACAUACAGGUGGACAUCUACGGCCAGUGCGGGCCUCUUUCGUGUCCGCGACAUGAGAGUGAGAGGUGCUACCAGAUGUUGGACAUGGAAUACUUAUUUUACCUGGCAUUCGAGAACGCCAACUGCAAGGACUACAUCACCGAGAAGUUCUUCAAUGCUCUGCGGCACAAUGUGGUCCCCGUGGUGAUGGGCGCUUCCCGUGAGGAGUACCUGGCCGCGGCUCCGUACCAUUCGUACAUCCACGUGGACGACUUCGCGUCGCCCAAGGAGCUGGCCGAGUACCUGCACCUGCUUAGCCGCAACCGGUCGCUGUACAACCAGUACUUCGAGUGGAAAGGCACCGGGGAGUUCGUCAACACGUACUUCUGGUGCCGCCUGUGCGCAAUGCUGCACGCGCCGCCAGCUCCGGCGAAGCGGCGAACGCAAAGCGUUCACGAUUGGUGGCUAAAAGACGCGUGCAAGAGUGCGAACGAUGCACCCCAGACCUGACUUGCGUUCACUAUAUAUAGGUUCGAUGCGCAUUUUCACACGAUGUUUUAGAGAUUUGACUGCAGGACUGAUCCACUCGGCCCGUUUCACGACCGUCCAUUUUUGUUCUCGUGUGACUCGUUGGCGCGUGCCAUGCAAAGACUGAAACUGUACACGAAACUGCGUACAGCAGCCGUGCGCGACGCGUGGACUGCUACCUUUUCGUUGUCUCUUGUCGCAAUGUUGCAUUGUCUGUGCCUCCCGCCCCCUUUACUCCUUCCUUCUUUCUUAAAGGCCGUACCAAGUCAAGCUGUGCCAGUUUGUUAUCUGCGCAGCGGAAAAGCGAAAAAAAAAAAAAAAAAAAAAAAAAAAAACAAGCCGGGCGACACAGGGAGACUGAGGAGCUCACGUGUCCGGAUCUGAUUUCUUGCUGAUGCCUGUCACUGUGUUUGCGCUCACAUUUUUUUUUUUUUUGCAUUUGUUAGUCCCGCUUCCGUGCAUUUGUUACUGUUUGUUUUCUGGCUUGUUUAAUGAUUACAACUUGUUUUCGUGUUUGUUUGAGUGUCGUUUUGGGCUUUCAGGAGGAGGCUGUGACAGUAUUUCAUAAUAUCGAUGCGCGCGUAUUUGCGAAUUUCGAAUUACGCACCAAUGAAUGCACAUCACAGGCGUCGGUAAUCAUUUCUAGCUAUUUAUACACUGUUGUCCAUUUCCGAUGCGCCGCGACGUUGUGUCGCACAUAGUAGGUGCGAAGUGUGAAUAAAUUUGA